CUAUCAACAAUGGUGAAUGAAGCACCUGAUUUUCCCUGCUGUUUCUUCAGCUGUGUGGGGCCUUGAUCAAAUCAAUGGUUUCAGCCAGAUGAACAAGACAUGUGCCCAGUCUCUACGACACUCUAAAGAUGAGAGCUUCAAGAAGGCUUUCCUUCCCAACAUACGUUUGUUUCUGCACAACGACAGCAUCAACAUGAGCGAGUGGAACAGACUAUCACAUUUUAACAACCCUUUUGGUUUUAUGGGGUACCAGUACAACGAUGUGAUGUCAGUACUGAAGUUGAUCCCAAAGCCAAAAGAGCCAUUACUCCUUCCAAAGCCAGGAAGUGGCGGGUGUGUGAGAUGUGCUGUGGUGGCAACUGGUGGGAUCCUCAAUGGCUCUAAAAUGGGGAAAGAGAUCGAUGCUCACGAUUACGUUUUCCGGAUGAACGGUGCAGCCAUUAAAGGUUACGAGGAAGACGUAGGAAACAGAACAUCAGUGUACGUUCACACAGCCCACUCCAUCAUUGCGUCGCUGAUAUUUUUCGAGAACUAUGGAUACACAUCUGCCCCUCAUGAUGAGGGUAUAAAAUAUGUGCUGAUUCCUGAGGGGAUGAGGGAUUUCAACUGGCUCGAGGGGCUUUUCAAAAGAGAAAGGAUCUCUACUGGCCCGUAUACCAAUGAACGGCCAUGGACCUACUAUGGCAGGCAGUACAGUGAGAGCCGCUUCUAUGUUCUGCACCAGGAUUUCCUCAGAUAUGUGCGGAACAGGUUCUUAAAGUCUGAUUAUCUGUAUGAUUCAGACUGGGCGAUAGUCAGACCAACCAAUGGGGCAUUCACUCUCUUUCUGGCUCUGCACACCUGUGACACUGUGAACGCAUAUGGAUUCAUGACUGAGGACUACAAGAAAUAUUCCAACUACUAUGUUGAGAAGAAUGUUAAAACUGAUGUCAUUUUCUACGCCAACCACGACUACAUCCUGGAGAUGAAAUUGUGGAAACAAUUGCAUGACAGUAAAGUAAUGAGGCUAUAUCAAAGAACAGACUCAGAAACUGGGACAGAAAAGCUGAAGCAACACUGACACACUUUGUUCACCCUUCUUCAAAAAGAUGAGGAAACUCAAACCUUGCCUGACAAUGUGUGACUGACUGCAACACUGUUUAGAUUAGCUGUGAUAAAUAGGUGCAUUGAUCUGGUUAACCAGGUUUGUUUUUCAGUUCUGGUCAAACAGGAAAUGGAAAACAACAUACAAUGGUUAACAAAUUCAAUGAAAAACUGACAUAAAAUUUUUACUUAGGUGUUUUUCCACUUUAGUAAGACUUUCUAUUCUACCCUCAUUAAUAUAAAUGGGUUGGACAAAGUAUAUCUAACACCCCCUUUAACAGCACCACAACCUACAGCCUCCAAAGUGAAAGAAAGUUUAAUUCACACCACUAAUAAAAAAAUUUAAUAUUAUAACCUUCAUGAAGGUAGGAAUUAUAGAAGGCUAAUGUAUUGGUGUAUUGGUUGGUAUUAGUUCAUUGUAAUUGCAAAAAUUCAUAUAAAUGUACUGUUGUUUUUUAGCAUUGUUUUCCCAUGUCAUCCCAUUACAUCUCAGUGGUGGAAGAACUUCUAUUUUAUCUGAGUAUUUUGAUAUCAUGCCACACUUCCUAUUUCCACUUCUUAUUUGACAGCUACACAUUUUUGCACACCAAACAUGUAAAUGUUCAAGUAAUUGUUAACUAUUUUGAUAAUCAUGUAGUAAUUUUUCAUACAAUAAUGCCAAACAUUUCAUGGUUCCAGUGUCUCAGAUGUGAGGACUUGCUGCUUAAAGAAAGUAAACUUCUGUACUUUGACUUAAAUAAAAUUAAAAAAAACAGGACUUUUA